GAGGCGCGUCCGGGGCUCGGGACGCUGGUCGGAACAUGGGGGCCGCCCGGGAAGUGGAGCCGCCGCCGGCGCAGGACGAGGAGCCCGAGGACGACGAGGAGGAGGAGGCGGCGGGGGUCGACGGGGAGCCCGGGGCGGCGAGCCCCUGGAACAUCAUGAUCAAGCACCGGCUGGUGCAGCGGCGCGGGCGGCGAUCCCAGAUGAUGACCAGCUUCACAGAUCCUGUGGUCUCCAUGGACCUGCUGCGCGCCGUCCUGCAGCCCAGCAUCAACGAGGAGAUCCAGGCGGUCUUCGGCAAGUACAUGAAGUUUUUCCAAAAGGCGGCAGGGAACGUGCGCGAGAAUGUCGGGGAGGACGUGGACACGGAGCAACUCAUCCAGGAGACGUGCCGCAGCUGCCUGGAGCAGGCCAAACUUCUCUUCUGCGAUGGGAAGAGGCCGGUUGCCAGAGUUGUCCACGAAGCGCCAGCCAUCAAGGUAAAGGCCAAAAGCCGGGCUGGGGGGCAGCCUAAGGGUCCCUUCACCUCCCGGCUGGGAGAAGCCCUCUGGCUGCACAGGCCGUCUCUGCAGGGAGCCCACACCUGGGGCAG